AUGUAUUUACAACUAGGUGCCGCCAAUCCAGAUGAGAGCCCAAAGACGCUGGAGUGGUCCUAUCUGGCCGCAGCACUGGGCACACUCCUCACUAUCUCACUCUUCAUUGUGAUGGCAGUCAAGUUUCGCCUCUUCCAUCGCUUCCUGGCAAGCUACAGACACUCCCUGCUCCAAGAGGCCGACGGGGUCAGCCAGUACGGUCAAGAGGAGGGGUCUUUCCCCAACAGCGUGUCAGGUAGAAUGGGAGAGAUUGGAGGGACUAUGAGUCGGCUGGAUGAAGAUGAUGAUGGCUUCAUUGAGGAUAACUAUAUUCAGGCCAGUGAGAAACACAGGGCAGAGAGAGGGAGAGAGGGAGAGGGGGAGGAGGAGAUAGAGGACAGCGACGAUGAUCUUCAGUUCAGUAUAGAGUGACUAUAUGAAGGGAGACCUCGUUAAAAACAGCUGGUUUACAACUAAGAUGAAAUGACACUAUAGAGAGAUCUUGAUUUUAAGUUUAAAGCAAUGGAACCCAACAUUUUUGCCUUGUGACAAUUUAAAAUGAAGCAGUGUCCACUUGCAACCCAUAAUCACAGCUUGUACUGUUCUAAGAACUGUGAGCGGUUCCACCAAAGAGUGAGUUCCAACCAAAAACUCUCAUAUUAUAUCAUUUAAAUAAUCGUUAGAGGUCAGAAUAGGAAAAGUUAUAUAUGUAGAUAUCACAAGAAAGAAGCCAAACUUUAAAGAAAAGUAAAAAAGAAACAAAUUAUUUAUAGUAUCUCCUGUUCCAAUUAAUAAUUGGAAAGAUUAUCUUGUGACCCCUAGCUUGGGAACCACUGAAAGUGAACAGUAGAUGUAUGAUAGAUGUGAAAACCAGAUGAACCACAGCUUUAAUAACGAUCAGACUUGAGUUCAAAAUGAGCAGAUUUAAAUGGUAUGAUAUGAUAAAAGUAAUAACAAAAAUGUAUAAACAUCGUAUAAACAGAAGCACACAGAAUUUUUUGAAAAAAAUGUUACUGCUUGUCGCUGAGUUCAUUUGAGUAUAGUAUAGUAGCUGUGAAGGAACAAGUAAAGAUUAUCAGCACAAUGGAUUAUAGUGUGCAGUGACCACACUUUGCUGAUAUCAUGUUUGCCUAUAUAUUGUAUAUCUUGCCCUUUGUUGUUUUGGCUUCUUACCCAAAGAAGAUCUGGUAAGUCGAAAUGUUGCCUGUCACACCAUCUCUAUAUUUUCCUUUUAUGCAGAGAAGAAAUUGUUCCCAUUAAAGCUAAAAUUGUAAUAUUUUAAAUUAAUGUAUUGUGUGUAUAUCCAUCCAUAAGUCGACACAUUUGCACACUGAGGUUGAAGUUGCUGUUCAUACGCUGUUAAUGAGAAAUUUUGAUUUCUGAUACCUGUCGAUUGCUUGUGUAAAGUAACAACAUGACACUCCGUCGUCUUUGUUGUGGGUCUGAAUAUGCAGAAAGUUACAGAUGUCAGCUUAAAAGUAUACAACGUGUGUGAGAGGCAGGAACUUCAAU